GCGGCGGCGGCAGCGACGACCCCCGGCUCUCUCCGCCUGCCCGCAGCAGCCCCCCGGUGCCUGGGGCUGCCAGGGUCCCCCCGGCCCCCCGCCCUGCCGCCCCCCCAUGCGAGGGGCCCCCGGCCGGCCCCGCCGCCCCGCUCCCCCGCCGCGCCGCCUCGCCUCUCCCCCGCUCCGCCGGGAGCCGCCUCGGGCGGGCAGGAACCGGGCGGGCACCGGAGGAUGCCGGAGACCGGGCAGGAGCCGCCCAGCGCCCCGCCGCCCCCCAAGGAGUCGUUCUACAUCAAGAACCUGCUCAACGGAGACCCCCCAAAGGCGGCCCCCAAGCAACCUCGUCCGCUGUUCGCCCCGUCGGGCAAAGGGGCGGCGGACGGAGCCGGCUUCGCCCUGUCGCAGGUGGGCGACCUCGCCUUCCCCCGCUUCGACAUCCCGGCGCCGCGCUUCGCCCUGAGCGCCCACUGCCUGGAGCGCGCCCAGACCUGGUGGUACCCCUACGCCCUGACCCCGGCCGGAGCCCACCUGCCCCGCACCGAAGCCGCCGAGAAAUCCCUCCUGAGGGACUCGUCCCCAGCCUCGGGCACCGACAGGGACUCCCCGGAGCCUCUGCUCAAGGCGGACGUGGAGCACAAGGAGCUGGACUCCAAGAGCCCCGACGAGAUCGUGCUGGAGGAGAGCGACUCGGAGGAGGCCAAGAAGGAGCCGGGCGCGGAGGACUGGAAGAAACGGGAGGAGAGCCCAGAGAAGAAACCGUGCCGCAAGAAGAAAACCCGCACCGUGUUCAGCCGCAGCCAGGUCUUCCAGCUGGAGUCCACCUUCGACAUGAAGCGUUACCUGAGCAGCUCGGAGCGGGCCGGCCUGGCUGCCUCGCUGCACCUCACAGAGACCCAGGUGAAGAUCUGGUUCCAGAACCGCCGCAACAAGUGGAAGAGGCAGCUGGCGGCCGAGCUGGAGGCUGCCAACCUGAGCCACGCCGCGGCGCAGCGCAUCGUCCGCGUUCCCAUCCUCUACCACGAGAACUCGGGAGCCGAGGGCGGCUCGGCCGCCGCCAGCGCCCCCGGCACCCAGCCCCUGCUCACUUUCCCCCACCCCGUCUAUUAUUCCCACCCCGUGGUCACCUCCGUGCCCCUCCUGAGGCCCGUCUGAGCCCGCCGUGUUCCCCCCAACCCCGGCCCCCGGCCCCCGCGUAAGUAACU